GCCAUUCAGAGGUCUCUAAUUUGCCUGUCAGUGCUUGUCCUAAAAUGGGCUGUCUUCGUCAACCUCUUAGUCCGUCUGACUCUGAUUAUCAGGUCACUUCCCAUUCAUCAUCUGGCGAGUCAUCAGCUACCCAGCUGCCGCCGCUCAAAACAGUGCUUGGGGUCAAGCCUAAGCCAAGCAAGAAGGCUCGCCUAGAUAAAGCGGCUGAAGAAGAUGCUAUUCCUGAACCGGACAGAGUACUCAACCCUAAAGCGGCCAUCCGUGAGGAUGUGCCAAACGAUCCACCACCACAAGAUGAUGAUCUUAUUACUGAGGAGAGGCCUGUUGAUACCUCCGGUCCUGUUGACUAGCCUAGAAGCCCCAUCCGGAUUGAAAAAUCCACUAGUCCAUCCAAGUCGACGGCCCCAAUGCAAACCGGCGACGCCAAGGAUGAUGAAGUUGUUAUUACUGGCAUUGGCCAUACAAAACCAAGCAAUCCUGUCGCUUUGUCUAAACAUACUGCCAAGGA